AUAAGGUGUUAAUUCGCUUUGACGCCGGACAGAAAAGAGAGUAAAGAUGACGAAGGCGUUGUUUGCAAGGCCAAACGUGGCGGCGCUGUGUAUCCGGCGAUUGAGCAGCUCCGUUCAGCCACGUGUACCUUCAUUACUCAAAUGCGUUUCUAUUUCUGCUCGUUCCUACAGGCCAAUGAAGCUCGUUCCCCAAAUAGGUUCAAAGAUUGAGCUUUUCGCUGGUCGUCGGACUUUCUCUACUCGUGCGACUAGCGAUACUGGCUCAAUUGAUUCUCCUCUUAUGGAGUCUAUGCAGAAAAAGAUCAAGGAGCAGUUGAAUGCGGACACAGUUGUAGUUAAAGAUGCUUAUGGUGAUGGUCGGCAUGUCAGCAUUGAUGUAGUCUCUUCAGCUUUUGAGGGACAAUCUGCUGUGAAUAGGCAGAGGAUGGUCUACAAAGCCAUAUGGGAAGAACUUCAGAACACUGUGCAUGCAGUUGACCAGAUGACUACCAAAACACCGACUGAAGCAGGGAAGUGAUCACAGCACAACCAAAGAGUAUCAAAACACCACCACUGCUAUAUUUUUAAGUCACAACUUUUCAAUUGAUAUCAGAUACAUUACUAUGAACAAAGAGAACUUCGAGUGAUGUCAACUCUAAAGUAGUACUGUAUUGCUUUACAUUGGUUUGUAACAGCAGUUUGUUCAUUUUCAGAAUCUAGUUCUUACGUACUAGCAGUUGAAGAACAAUAGUUGAACAUUCCCAUCUGAAGGAAGAAAAUUUAAGGUCUUUGCGUGAUGUCUGAAAUUUUGAUGAAAAAUAAGAAGCGUGGAAGAAAUUGGAUUUAGCUGUUGGCUGAUUAUUUUCAGAAA